CCAGGGCAGCCCCACCGACCCUUGCCGUCUGGCGCCAUGUCCUGACCUUACACACCUAUACGACCUCUGGGUCUGGUUAAAACACACAUCUCCCCCAAACCACUACGUCACAGUUGACGAGCCGUCAUUAUCCACGACCUGAGCAAGCCAGGCAAGCGUGACUCGGGCAGUUGGCGCCCGAGACAGCGGAAGUCCUCUUAUGAUCGGCCGCUUGUAGUCCCACCCGUGAAACCGCGCAGGGUUCAAAGGUGCCUCUGUCUCCGCACUCCUUCUUCGCCCUCUACCGUUUGCUGGCGUCAACACCGACACCAUGGCCGGACUCAGUCCCGACUUGCAGGAAAAGCUGGAGGAGCUGGACAGGGAGCUUGAGGAGGGAGAUAUCACUCAGAAAGGGUAUCAGAAGCGGCGCACACAACUCCUGUCGACGUAUGGAAUCGGCGAGGUGGAACCGAGGAUGGGCGGGCUGCGGAUCCAUUCCCCCGACGACUAUGAGCAGGCUCCAUCCGGAGACCAUCGGGCCGCGUCGCUCGCGGCUUUGAAUGCCAAUACUCCAGCCGAAUACCGACCGCAAUCUCCAUAUGAGAAUCUCGACUCGCACCCUGCGUCUCUGCUGGCCCCUGGUGGCUCGAUGGCGGAAGCCCGGCCUAACCUGCGGCAGCACAACUCCCUCUUUCUCUCCACCACAUCCGUCAAUGAACCCUCCACACGCACGGGCACCAUGGUAUCUGGGGACUACGCCUUUAACCCCGAGCACCACAUCGGGUACGCAGAAGAGCCGCAGCAGCAUGCCUUUGACGGGAGGACCGGGACGUUGCUGGAUUCUCAGGCCUACUUCUCAGAUUUCGCGGGGCAGGCCUACGAUCCGGCGACCACGGGAGAGUACGGGGGUCCUCAGCGAUACUCAACAGGCGAUGCAUUCUCCCCCACGGCAGCCAUGGCUCCGCCCAUGCUCACGACAGGCGACUUACCGCCGCCAGAAUCUCUCCAGUUCAUGAUGCCUCUUGAACCGCGCGAGGUUCCCUUUGCCAUCCACGAUCCGCACGACGACAAUACUCCGAUGUCGAACUUUGACAACAUAGCGGCCGUGCUGAGGCACCGAGGCCGCACCACGGCAAAGCUUCCAGCAUACUGGGUCCUGGAUAGCAAGGGGAAGGAAAUAGCUUCCAUCACGUGGGACAAGCUGGCAAUGAGGGCCGAGAAGGUGGCGCAGGUAAUCCGCGACAAGAGCUCGCUGUAUCGCGGGGACCGGGUUGCGCUUAUCUACCGAGACGCCGAGAUCAUCGACUUUGCCAUCGCGCUGCUGGGUUGUUUCAUUGCCGGGGUGGUCGCAGUGCCCAUCAACGAGUUACAGGACUAUCAGAAGCUCAACUUGAUAUUGACUUCUACCCAGGCACAUCUGGCAUUGACUACCGACAACAAUCUGAAGACGUUUCAGCGAGACAUCACCGCCCAGAAGCUCAAUUGGCCAAAAGGAGUCGAGUGGUGGAAGACCAACGAGUUUGGCAGUUACCACCCUAAGCGGAAAGACGACGUUCCUCCUCUGUCGGUCCCGGACUUGGCUUAUAUUGAGUUCUCUCGGGCGCCCACAGGGGACCUCAGGGGCGUUGUCCUCAGCCACCGGACCAUCAUGCACCAGAUGGCCUGUCUCAGCGCCAUCAUUUCGACCGCCCCCGGUAACGGGCCGGCAGACACAUUCAACAGGAAUUUGCGUGACAAGAAUGGCCGUCUGAUCGGCGGCGGUGCGAGCAGCGAGAUCCUGCUCUCCUAUCUGGAUGCUCGGCAAGGCAUAGGCAUGAUCUUGGGCGUCCUCAUGACUGUGUAUGGCGGGCACACGACGGUUUGGAUGGAGAACAAAGCCGUCGAGGUACCUGGUCUCUACGCCCACCUGAUUACAAAGUACAAGCCCACCGUGAUGGUUGCAGAUUAUCCCGGCCUGAAGCGCGCGGCGUACAACUAUCAGGCUGACCCGAUGGCCACGAGAAACUUCAAGAAGGGCAUGGAGCCUAAUUUCCAAACCGUCAAGCUCUGCUUGAUCGACACGCUUACUGUCGACAGCGAGUUCAACGAGCUUCUUGCCGACCGCUGGUUCCGUCCUCUGCGUAACACACGGGCGAGGGAGGUUGUGGCACCCAUGCUCUGUCUCCCUGAGCAUGGCGGCAUGGUGAUCAGUGUCCGUGACUGGCUCGGCGGUGAGGAGCGCAUGGGCUGCCCCCUGAAGCUUGACCUGGGGCUCGACAGCAAACCGGAGGACGAGAAGGACAAAGAAAAAGGAAAGGAGGAUGAGAAACCUACGCCAAAUGGGUUCUCAACUCUUCUCGGACAGGGCACUACCACCACCACAGAGGAACGUGCGAAGUCCGAGCCGGGCGAGGUUCUUCUCGACAGGGAAGCACUCAAGACCAACGAGGUGCUGGUGGUAGCGAUCGGAGAAGAGGCCAGCAAGAGGGCGUCGAGUGAGCCCGGAACCAUACGGAUUGGCGCCUUUGGUUAUCCGAUACCUGAUGCAACCCUUGCGGUGGUUGAUCCUGAGACUGGACUUCUCGCGUCGCCGAACAGCGUGGGCGAGAUUUGGGUCGAUUCUCCCUCCCUGUCUGGCGGCUUCUGGGCCUUGCCGAAGCACACUGAGCAGAUAUUCCAUGCCCGGCCGUACAAAUUCGAGCCUGGCGAUCCGACACCAACGCCGGUUGAGCCCGAAUUUCUUCGGACUGGUCUCCUAGGCACUGUCAUCGAAGGCAAGAUCUUCGUCCUCGGCUUGUAUGAAGACCGCAUCCGACAGAAGGUAGAAUGGGUGGAGGAUGGCGGUGCCGAGAGCGCAGAGCAUCGCUAUUUCUUUGUCCAGCACAUCGUGGUCAGCAUCAUGAAGAAUGUGCCGAAGAUAUUCGACUGCUCGGCCUUCGACGUCUUCGUCAACGAGGAGCACCUCCCUGUCGUGGUGCUCGAGUCCCAGGCGGCUUCGACGGCUCCCAUCACCAGUGGAGGCCCGCCCCGUCAGCUCGAUACGGCGUUGCUAGAUUCCCUUGCUGAGAGGUGUAUGGAUGUUCUGGUGCAGGAGCAUAACUUGCGAGUGUACUGCGUCAUGAUCACGGCGCCCAACGCCCUGCCGAGGGUGCUAAAGAAUGGUCGCCGAGAAAUCGGCAAUAUGCUCUGUAGGAGGGAGUUUGACUUGGGCAACCUUCCAUGCGUCCACGUCAAGUUCGCGGUUGAGCAUGCGGUGCUGAAUCUGCCAGUGGGUAUUGACCCGGUCGGCGGUAUCUGGUCACCGAUGGCGUCCAAUUCGCGGGCGGACCUCCUCGCUCCGGCAGACAAACAGUAUUCAGGCAUCGACCGCAGGGAGGUGGUCAUCGACGACAGGACAUCGACACCUCUCAACAACUUCUCGAGCAUUACAGAUCUCAUACAAUGGAGGGUAGCGAGGCAACCGGAGGAGCUGUCCUACUGCACCAUCGACGGUCGAGGCAAGGAAGGCAAGGGCGUGACCUGGAAGAAGUUCGACAUGAAGGUUGCCGCCGUUGCGGUCUAUCUGAAGAACAAGGUGAAGCUGAGGGCUGGCGACCAUGUCGUUCUCAUGUACACCCACUCGGAGGACUUCGUUUUCGCCGUCCACGCCUGCAUAAACCUCGGCGUCAUCAUCAUCCCUCUUGCGCCCAUGGACCAGAACCGACUGUCGGAGGAUGUUCCGGCCUUCCUACACCUGGUGUCGGAUUACCGGGUGAGAGCGGUGCUGGUGAACCAGGAUGUGGACCAUCUCCUGAAGAUGAAGCCUGUCGCCCAGCACAUCAAGCAAACAGCGCAGGUGCUCAAAGUGUCGAUCCCGACUAUGUACAACACCAGUAAGCCGCCGAAGCAGAACAGCGGUCUGCGAGAUCUUGGUAUUACCAUGGACCCCGCCUGGGUCCAACCAGGCUACCCGGUUGUUAUCUGGACAUACUGGACGCCCGAUCAGCGGCGGCUCGCUGUGCAACUCGGCCAUGACACGAUCCUGGGCAUGUGCAAGGUGCAGAAGGAGACAUGCCAGAUGACCAGCUCGCGCCCGGUACUAGGGUGUGUUAGAAGCACGACGGGCCUUGGCUUCAUUCACACCUGCUUGAUGGGCAUCUACAUCGGCACGCCCACCUAUCUCCUAUCGCCCGUGGAGUUCGCCCAAAGUCCCGCAUCCCUAUUCUUGAUCCUGUCGCGGUACAAGAUCAAGGACACGUACGCCACCCCGCAAAUGCUCGACCACGCCAUGAACAUGAUGCCGGGCAAGGGCUUCACCCUUCACGAGCUGAAGAACAUGAUGAUCUCAGCCGAGGGUCGACCACGGGUUGACGUCUUCCAGAAGGUCCGCAUGCACUUCGCGGCGACGGGCCUCGACCGGACUGCCAUCAACACGGUCUACUCGCACGUGCUGAACCCCAUGAUCGCCUCGCGGUCGUACAUGUGCAUCGAGCCCAUCGAACUGUGGCUCGACCCCAAGGCUCUGCGACGCGGUCUCGUUUAUGUGACGGACCAGGAGCGAGAGCCCAAGGCCCUGCUGGUUCAGGAUUCGGGCAUGGUGCCGGUCUCGACCCAGAUUGCUAUUGUCAAUCCCGAGAGCCGCAUGCUGUGCAGCGAGGGCGAGUACGGCGAGAUAUGGGUGGACUCGGAGGCGUGCGUCAAGGCGUUCUAUGGCUCGAAGGACGUCUUCGACGCGGAGCGGUUUGACGGGCGGACGGUUGAAGACCCGACUAUUCGGUACGUUCGUACCGGAGACCUGGGGUUCCUCCAUAGCGUGCGCAGGCCGAUCGGGCCGGGCGGUGCGUUGGUCGACAUGCAGGUUCUGUUUGUGCUGGGUAGCAUUGGUGAGACAUUCGAGAUCAACGGUCUCAGCCACUUCCCGAUGGAUCUUGAGGCCUCGGUCGAGCGGUGCCACCGUAACAUCGUGCCGGGCGGAUGUGCCAUUUUCCAAGCCGGUGGCCUGGUGGUGGUGCUCGUUGAGGUAGCCCGCAAGGCCUACCUCGCGUCCAUGGUGCCCGUCAUUGUCAACGCGGUCCUCAACGAGCACCAGAUCGUUGUUGACAUCGUGGCAUUCGUCAACAAAGGCGAUUUCCCUCGCAGCCGCCUCGGCGAAAAACAGCGCGGCAAGAUCCUCGCAGGGUGGGUGAGCCGUAAGAUGCGCACCAUUGCCCAAUUCGCCAUCAAAGACAUGGACCGCGAGGCACUGGGCCCACCGGGGACUUCCUCGGGCGAGCACUCAUCUAGCGGCCAAGGCGGCGCCGUCGACCCUUCCUCCAACGACCAACAUCGCGGCAGCCUGGGUAGCUUCCGCAGCUCUAGCGGCGCACCGACCUUGUCCGGCAACCACGGAGCGGCGAGCAGCUCUCUGCGAAACGUCGAACCAGCCCCGCGGAUCCUGGAGCACCGCGAGCUCGAACAGCAGCAGCAGCAGCAUCACCAUCACUACCACCAGCACGACCAGGGUUACGAUGGCACGGCCAUGACGCAAACCCCGGGGCCGAUCGAGAUGCCGGCGGAUGAGCGGGAUAUGCCGUUUGACAAUGACCAGACGCCGACAAAAGGCCACAGCCAGUAUCAACAGCAACCGGGGCUAGGACUUCCAGAGCCCUCGGUCCCGCAUGGGUUUGAGCUGCCCAGCUUCGAUCGAUUUGGAGAGGAUUCCCACGACGGGCCGCCUCCCGCGGUCGAGCCUAAGCCUGGCAGCUCAGGGACAGGGACGACCGGAUAUUCGCAGGGGCCGCCACAGAUUAGGUUGCCUGGUGUGGACGGGCGUGAGUCGCUGGAUGAUUGGGACUUGAGGCCCGGGAGUGGGAAUGGAAAUGGGGGGUUGGGACAGGAUGGAGGCGAGGAUGACUGGACGAGGGACGCUUAUAUGUCGAUGAAUCUUGCGGGGACACUUGGCGGGAAGUGAUUUUACAUCAAGUAGAGAGGGUGGGCUUGUCUUAGAUAUGAAAGGCAGUUGGAUGUUUUGUGGCUUGGCUUUGUCUGUUUGUUUGGGAUAUCCGACUGAUACCUAUGUAGCUGGCAUUCGCAUUUUGGCAUUAUAAUAACAUGGGCUGUAGGUGUGGCCGUGGUUGGAGAGGGGUAAUGAUUGAUGGUAAUGUAGUAAUUGUGGUUUUGUCUAUCUACCUAUCCAAAGAAGUAUAUAGAGUUUGAUGAAUAAGGGGGCGUCGAGUGGGAUGAGGCGGUUGAGGAUGAUGCUCUGGCUGAAGUCACUGCAUUGAAGCUUGAGCUUUACAUAGAUGUGCAACUUAACCCUAUAUAUUCGGAUAGGAUAUAGAAGCU